AAAAGCAGAGCAUGAGAGUUGUGGACAAAUUGUGUACACACAGCAAAAACAUAAUUAUAUUACAAUCUGCCCUGCCAUUUCCUCUCUCUCUCCUUCACUCACUCUCUUGCAAACCGGGAGAAGCACAUAGAUUCGAUCAAUAUUCCCACCAAGAACCCGCAUCUGCAAAUCCAUUCGUUUCUGCUACCAAGAAAUGUGGUGUAUCAGUUCCCAGCAGUUCAAUCUUAGCCAUAGCCAUACAGCUAAACACACAGAAAUUUCCAGGGUCUCUGUUUUUCCCUUGUUUUAAUAUGGUUUUUCACAUUAAUUUACCCCAAGCCCUGAAAUUGUGGUAAAGAACAAUAUUUCUGGACCCAGUUUAGGCAAGUCCAGGGAAUUGGUGAAGUUAAUUAUGGCUUUGUUCCAAUUGAGAACCUUGUGUUUAUGUCUCCUCCUCCUUGUGUUCAAAACCUGCAUAGCCGGCCAACAACAUAAAGAUCGGAUUUAUCCUGGGUUCCAGGCAUCUCAGAUGGAUUGGAGUGAUAAUGGGGGGCUGUUCCUGCUAUCCAACAACACGGCUUUCGCCUUAGGAUUCUACCAAGCCCUUGAUGUCAAGUUGUAUUUACUAGUAGUCAUUCACUUGGGCACUUCUAAAGUGGUCUGGACUGCUAAUAGAGGCUCACUAAUUUCAAAUUCUGAUAAGUUUGCCUUUGACAAAAAUGGGAACGCCUACUUGAGAAGCAGUAACGAUUUGGUUUGGUCUACAAACACAACAGGAGAAGUAGUUUCAGCCAUGCAGUUGCAGGAUUCAGGAAACUUGGUAUUGCUUGGUGACAAAGGAAGCAUUCUUUGGCAGAGUUUUAGCCAUCCUACUGACACUCUUUUACCUGGCCAGGAGUUCUCAGAAGGAAUGAAGCUCAAAAGUUUUCGCAAUCGCAAUAACGUGUCUCAUUAUCUCGAAAUUCAGUCAGGGGAGCUGGUCUUAUAUGCAGGAUAUCAAAUUCCACAAAUCUAUUGGUCCAUGGCAGAUGACAGCAGGAAAACCAAUAACAAUGUCAGUGGCAAGAUUCAUUCUUUGUCUCUGGUGUCCAAUUCAUGGAAUUUCUAUGGUGCAAAUGGAUUCUUACUUUGGCAAUUUGUCUUCUCUGACAAUAAGGAUCCAAAUGCCUUCUGGGCUGCUGUUUUAGGAUCUGAUGGUAUAAUAUCGUUCUAUAAUUUUCAAAAGGGAAAGUCUGUUGCUGCUGAAGCAACUAAGAUCCCACAAAGUUCAUGCAGCACUCCUGAGCCUUGUGACCCCUACUAUGUGUGCUAUUUUGAGAAUUGGUGCCAAUGCCCUUCACUUCUCACCUCACGCUUUAAUUGCAAACCUCAAGCACUCCCAACCUGUAAUACCUCCAAAAGUUCAGUAGAGCUCUUAUACGUUGGUGAGAAGCUUGAUUACUUUGCACUUGGUUUUAGCACACCCUCUCUGAAAUCCAAUCUGAGUUCCUGCAAAGAAGCUUGCCUUGGUGAUUGUUCUUGCCUUGUGCUGUUCUUCGAAAACAGUUCUGGACAUUGUUUUCUGUUUGACCGGGUAGGGAGUUUUGAACGCUCCGCUGCAAACUCUACUGGAUACAUCUCUUUUAUGAAGUCCUUGAGGGAUGGAUUAAGCCCUGUAAAGGAAGGCCAGGGAAAUAAAAGCAAGCGCAUUUUGUUACUCAUGGUCAUUUCGGUUGCAACAAUCUUGGUUAUUGUUGGUCUAGUUUAUGUAGGAUUCUGGUACUACCGCAGGAUGAGACUAUUGGAAUAUUCCCAAGAAAUCUUGGAAGAGGAUAAGUUCUUGGACAGUCUUUCUGGAAUGCCUAUUCGCUUCACUUACGGCGAUCUUAGCAGAGCAACUAAAAAUUUCUCCAACAAAAUUGGCCAAGGAGGGUUUGGUUCAGUCUACCUAGGUGUGCUUCCGGAUGGCAUCCAACUGGCUGUGAAAAAAUUGGAGGGCGUUGGCCAGGGGAAGAAAGAGUUUAGAGCUGAAGUCACUAUUAUUGGGAAAAUUCGUCAUGUCCAUCUGGUCAAGCUCAGAGGUUUCUGUGCAGAAGGGCCUCACAGACUUCUUGUUUAUGAGUACAUGGGUAAAGGGUCUUUAGAUAAAUGGAUAUUCAUGAACAAGAACAACAAAAAGGAUGAAUCGUUAGAUUGGAAUACAAGAUUCAGUAUUGCCUUGGGGACAGCAAAGGGGUUGGCUUAUCUCCAUGAAGAGUGUGAAGAAAAGAUUGUCCAUUGUGAUAUAAAACCUGAAAAUGUUCUUCUUGAUGACAAUUUUGUUGCCAAAGUUUCAGAUUUUGGUUUGUCCAAGCUAAUGAACCGGGAGGAGAGCGGUGUACAUACGACGCUGAGGGGCACUAGAGGGUACCUUGCACCAGAAUGGAUCACCAAUUAUGCCAUAUCCGAGAAGAGUGAUGUAUACAGUUAUGGGAUGGUCUUGCUUGAGAUCAUUGGUGGAAAGAGGAAUUUUGAUCCAGGGGACAGUUCCGCGAAAGGCCACUUUCCUUCUUAUGCCUUUAAGCUGUUGGAAGAGGGAAAUAUGAAACAGUUCCUUGAUCCAAAUCUAGAUGUCGAUGAAAAUGAUGAAAGAGUUUUAAGUGCAAUUAAAGUUGCAUUAUGGUGUAUUCAAGAUGAGAUGCAACUAAGACCCCCAAUGACUAAAGUUGUCCAAAUGCUUGAAGGUCUUUGUACUUUACCCCCACCGCCGAUAUCCCCCUCUGUGUCAGGCCCUCAUUUUAGUUUCUUACAAUGGAGCAGCAAAGAUGCUACUUCAUCAUCAGGACUCAGUAAUUACAACAGUGAUAUACUCAUGUCAGACAUUCGGCUUUCAGGGCCAAGAUGAUAGAAGAAAAUUUUAUGACUGGUGAUGUAUGUAAGGGGUUUUAAGCUUUCCAGGAUGAAAGGUAGUGUGUCAGCUUAAGCAUUAUUGAUUGACAAAAAAAAAAGCUUAUGUAUUAUUGACAGUUAAGGCCUUUAUAUAGCUGCUCAUCAAGUUUUUAAUUUUGAAGUUUCAUGAC